UCGCGUUUCUCAACAAAGAGCCGGACAACUGACAGAAAGAAAUGCUAGCUAAUGCCUGAAGCUAACACUGCUGCUAGCAAAUUAGGGGGAAGAAUACAACAUGAGUAUUUUCGAAGCAGUUAUUUUUAAAGACCUUAAAGAUACAAACACGAGCGCAUACACGAGACGUGUAGAAUUAUUUAUAAGGUCAACCGAACAUUUUAGCUUAGCUUUCAACUAUAGCUAAGCUAAACAAGGCUGUCAAAGAGCGCUCGUGCGUCACUCGGUGACCGCGCAUGCGUGAGCACGGUGCGCACGCGCGCUUCAGGCGAGUAGAAGCCCAUGGUAAGGUUUUAGCUAAAACAUCAGAAAACGUUUGAAAGCUCUGUGAGCCUCAGGCUUCAUGUGGUUUCUGAAGAACAUCAUGAGGACCUCGGCUAGCUGACAGUGUCCCAGAGGACGAGCAGGUUAUGAGGCAUGGCCGCCCGCUGUGAUUAGCUAUGUGAAAGCGUUCGCCGCCGUCUACGUUCUUCUCGGAGCAGAUUUGUGUGACCGGUUCUCACACAGAAUAUACAGGAUGAAGAAAUUUAGUCUAAACACAAUCAGAAAGUCACUGAGCAUAAAAGGGAAAGAAGAGAACGAGUAUGCCGUGUCUCAGCCGGACCUGUCCUCCGCUUUUCCUUCGGAGCCUUCUCUUUACGGAGGCUGCUAUAGCAAGGACCUAAUGGCUGCCACUUUAGACCCCGGGGAAUUGAAGGGGUCUAAAAGUCGCUCUAAAAGUGAGGGUCUCAUGGGAACCCUGAAGAGGAGACUAUCGACGAAGCAGAAACCGAAGGUCAAAGCCAGUUCUCCGUCCGUUUGCUCCAUCGACGACGAUGCCUUCUCGUCCUCGUCGGAGCCCAUCACGUUUCGCGACCUGAAAUCGCAGCAUUCUUCUCGCUUGACAUCUCUACAGAGCCAACAUUACAGCCCCACGCCAUGGCCUCUCAGAGCGACCAGCUCGGAGGAAACGUGCAACUCCAUGGUCAACGCUCUGAUCCCGUCCAGCAAUUCCGGCUUAUCUCUCCAGAAAAGCUUCCUGGGAGAGGAGAUGUUCGACGGUCAGAGCCCCGACCCUCAGAGUGGCGAUCUGGAAAUGGACGAUCACGUGCCUGUGGUCAUCGGUCUCACGGCUCAGGAUUACAUUCGGUACGCGCUGCCUUUAGAUGACGGACUUUUCUCUGACGACGAGCCGCCUCGGUCUUACUGCACAGACGGGACGUCGCCGAUGGAUGUGUUGCCUCAGAGCGAGUGUUCUCUCCACGCCGAUGAGGACGCCAUCGGUCACGACCUCCUUUCUCCUGACGUUUUCAUGGAACCUUCAGUAAACCGUCUCAUUCUGAACACCGCUAAUGUUCUGCUGCAAAGCUCACGCCUCGAGUCUCCUCUGCUACCUCCACUUCCUGUCGGCAGCCUUCCGGGGUUCGGCGGUACCCCAGUGUCCGAUUCGGUUCUGGAACGUCUCAGCUUCGAUCCGAACUCGGCACCGGGAGUCCAGCGGGUGUACGACGCGGUGCGGACCAACGGGCCCACAGUGGUCACGAGCCUGACAGCGGAGCUGAAGAAACUGGCCAAGCAGGGAUGGUACUGGGGUCCUAUUACGCGAUGGGAAGCCGAGGAGAAGCUGGCGGACCUUCCGGACGGUUCUUUUUUGGUCCGAGACAGUUCGGACGAGCGCUAUCUUCUAAGUUUGAGUUUCCGUUCUCAAGGAAAGACGCUUCAUACACGAAUCGAGCAUUCCAACGGCUCCUUCAGCUUCUAUGAGCAGCCCGACAUGGAAGGCCACACCUCCGUCGUAGAGCUUAUCGACAACUCCAUCAGGGAUUCGGAAAACGGCGCCUUCUGCUAUUCCAGAUCGCGCUUACCCGGGUCCGUCACCUACCCUGUCAGACUGACCGAUCCCGUCUCUCGGUUCAUGCAGGUCCGGUCGCUGCAAUACUCAUGCCGCUUCGUGAUCCGUCAGUACACCCGUAUAGACCUGAUCCAGAAAUUGCCUUUACCGAACAAAAUGAAAGAUUAUCUGCAGGAGAAACACUACUGACCUGAGUGGACGGGACGCACCUCGCUUCUCGCACUUUUUAGGAUGUCCUAACCAACGAUCUUUCACACGAUAAAUUCCACCUUUUUACAGGAAGCAGUGAUUGUUUGUUUGUUUGUUUGUUCACUGUUAGAAUGAGUAUCAGAUGAAGUGUUGAUGGAUGUGUGGGCGGAGCGAACAGAGCCAGUCGCUCCUGCGUGGUCAGUCAGACGUCUGCUUUUAUUUCUAACCUGUGUUUUAAUUCCAGUAACAGAUCCACUCACAGGAGCAAGGCUAAGAGUUUCAUUUUAUUGAAACACGUUUCCCACAAUGCCCACUAACAGAGAGUCGUAGGGUUCGAGCCGUCACCACGCUCUUCUGCCUUAAUUACAUUCAUUUUUUUAAGCAAUAAGCACACUAAUAAGCUCCAAGCUCCUCACAUCUGAGUUUCCUUUGCUAAAGGAAGCCCCUCAUGGUACACUAUGACGUCACAGUGUGUGUUAAAGUGAUUAGUUUGUGGGGUUUGAUAACAAGAGAAGGUUUUGAUGUUUUGAGUUAUAAAACUGAAGACAUUUCUGUCACUGUGAGUGAAACCUGGAGCAGGCUUAAGAUUUUCCACACUUUAUAGAAAGAGCUCAAAAUUUUAACACCAAAAAAUUUAAAAAGCUCUCAUUAAUCACAAGAUUUCGAUCCGAUUCUAUCACUACACCCUUCCACACAUUUCCUUUCUCUUUUAAUUUCUUUUAUCACACAAAUUUAUGUUUAUAAAGUUACAAAUUAUUUUCUGCAAUUCCACAAACAUAAAAGACAGAUUUAUGAAUAAUUUUAUGGUCACAAAUCUUCAUUAGAGAUAAAUAAAUAAAUAGGAAUUCCUAAGCAAUGUUAGUGUAACAGAUAGAGCUAGCUGCAAUGCUAGAAACAUUUGUUAGCAAGUUCUGAAUAAUGUAAAAACACAGGUGUUGCUGUAGCCGUGAGCUCAUUUUAUUUUAGUGCUUUGUUCUAAAUUAUAAUUAGCACUAAAAUUAAUCUCAAACAGCGCUAACGAAGUAACCUAGCAGCCUGGGUUUAACGAGUCCCUGUUUAUUUCUUAACAGAAAUUAAAACAUUCCUUUAAAUUUUCCCGAGCAGAUUCCUCCGUGUUCCAGACCUCUGUGUUCACUACCUAGUGCACUAUUUUGAAGUGUGUUGUGAAAAAUAGAAACCCCAUAAUGCACCUUAACAGAUUAGUGUCCUGAAGCUGUGGGAAAUCUCUGACUGAUCCCCAGCUCUGAAACUGGAGACUCCUUCCACACACAGCAGUGUUACAGAAACACGUGUCUCUUCACAGAAACCUUCAUCAAACACAACAACGAUUUAAUCUGUUUAUUAUCAGCAAAGUGUGUGAUGAACAUGUCAAUCAAUCAGCACCUUCUGACCAAUCAGAGGCCAGAACUCGGCAGCUCUGUGGUGGUAUUGUGUCCAGCUCUAAUUGAAUAGUAUUAUGGGAUGUCCUGGCCAUAUGAUGUCUAAAUUCAGAUCUGUUCUGUCAUGUAUGAAGGGAUAAGAUUUUUUUAAUAUAAAUAUAUAUAAUGUAGAAUGUCAUGUAGUGGAUAAUUGGCAGGAGUCUCCUGGUCAUGUGACCUAACAGAGUUUUGUUGGAGUUUCCUGCAGGUUUGACAUGUAGAUGAAAGACGUUGUGUUGAUGGUCAUGUGCUGAUGUCACACCAUUAUAUCACUGAAAUGUGAAACCGGGAAAAAACAUUUUUUCAACUGGCGAGUACCAGUGGAUUCAUUUGGCAUUAAUAAUAAUAAUAAUAAUAAAAAGAGGAUCAGAAUAUUAUUUCCUGGACUAUCAGGAGCAUGUGGUGUAACUUUUCCCUUCCUGUGUGUGAAGAGUUCAUGAUGAACUUCAACCUGAUCCUUCGACUCCUCCUCAUUAUCGGUACUUUAUUAUUUCUGGGCUUGUCGUGUAGGAGCGAGGUGACGUUAGCGUCUCUGCUGGUGGAGGAUGGAUGUAUAUAUGAAAGCGUGUGUCGGCGCUCGUCUCUGUUUCCAUGCGUGAUGUUCUAUGUGAGCGCUGACGCAAGUACAACGCGUUACAGCGGCUUCUCUCUUUACUUGAAUACGUGUUAGCGUUCCGCUCUGAGGUUCACACGCGAUGGUUCCGUUUCUUUCUCCUUUCACGAUGACUGUAUCAGUUUAUCCGCUGCUCACAACAUUAUCACAGGAGAGUUUCACUCGCUGACCCCUCGGCUUAGAUCAGAACUCCGCUGCUGCACCGUGGACGAUGUCCCCGAACGUUAACUCACUAAUCCAAGAAUAUAACUACGAUGCAUGUCACUGAGCUGUUGUGGACGGAGCUUUGACACAAUUUCAACACACGUAGGGUUAAAAAUCUCGCACUUUUUUUUAUAUUUGGCCUCAUCUUUAUUGUUGUAGUUGUUUACAUCUGGAGCAUUUUGUUUUGUAUUUUAAAGCUGCAGUAUGUAACUUUUUAGGAUUAGGAGACCACUUUGUUGCCAUGAUAUUUUCGCAGCAUUAAAGGCUAAAGCCACCCUGAGAGUCGGACACGGCAACUCGGAUGACCACCGAGUCAAAUUAAUAAAUAAAUAAAUUCCUUAUCAGUCUCCACUGACGAAAAGAUGAACGUACUGCAGCUUUAAAAUCACGCUGUGUUCAAUUUUACCUGAAAAGUGAAGAGCCCCAGUUUUGUUAGUUCUCUCCGUUUUUUUAAGGAUGACUCUUAUUCUGGAAUAAUCUCUGAAGUUCAAUUUGUUCAGAAUUCAUACAGCUGUGUUUAUGCUGCUUUAUAAACGUGAGCACAAUAACGCUACCUGUCACGACACCACGAACGUCUCAAACACGAGGACAAGGAAACGUUAAUCAUUAGGUGAAGAUCACGCCGUGGUACAUGUGAUGACCAGCACAGGUCCGGCUGAAGGCUGACCGUUUCCCGUUUUUAGGGAAUCAUUAUUGGGAUUUUCCACGUUUUGUCCUCAUUGGUACUGUUUUUUUUAUUUCUUGUGUUUGACUUCAUGGCUGUUCUUCAGUCCACAUGGUUUUAUGGAUUAAAUAAUAUUUUUGGGAUGAAUUUCUGGUCAUUGAGGAAAGUCUGAGGUGCGAAUGUCAUGUAUUGUGUGGUUUUUUUUUCAUUAUCACAUCUGGGAAGAAACUGUCCAUGUUUUCAGACGUUUUCACGAGGAAUUUUUCCGAACUCGGAAAAGGAAAACUGUUUGCUGUUUUUUUAUUAUUGCACAUUUUGAGCUAAAUGUUUUAUAUCUACUCUGAAAUGUAAAUAA